UUUGUUUAUUUGUUUUUUAGAAACAAAACUGGUCAUUUUUCUUUUGUUUGCUGCUAACAACAAUAAUUACAACAAUAUUAACAUGUCCAAUACUGGAAUUUCUGUGGGGAUAGUGGCAGUGGUGGGUGAUUAUGGUGUUGGAAAGACGUGUUUGUUGCAAAGGUUUGUAACAGGAAAAUACAGCGAAGAUCACCAAUGUACCAUAGGGCUAAAUUAUCAAAGUAAAGUCAUCGACGUCUGUGGUCGAAAAGUUAAAUUACAUUUUAUGGAUACAGGUGGAGAUGAAAAAUUUGAAUCAAUAAAUAUGAUCCAUGUUCGAAGAUCUGUGUGUGUAUUAUUAGUCUAUGAUGUUACUCGGGAAAAAUCAAUUAUCCGAAUAGACAAGUGGUUUAAAAAUAUUGAACAGGUUUGGACAAGGUGUGUAGGUAAUAAUGUUUCUUAUUUUUGUUGUUUAGACAGCACCAAGCGAUGUGAUUAAAAUUUUAGUCGGAUGCAAAUACGAUAAGGAUGUUGUAGA